GGGCUUUAGUUGUACAGUAAUGUCUCUACUAUAGGGCACUGUUACCUCUAUCACUCUGCUGCUGGGCUUGAGUUGUACCGUAAUGUCUCUACUAUAGGGCAUUGUUACCUCUAUCCCUCUACUGGGCUUUAGUUGUACCGUAAUGUCUCUACUAUAGGGCACUGGUACCACUAUCCCUCUGCUUAGUUGUACCGUAAUGUCUCUACUAUAGGGCACUAGUACCACUAUCACUCUGCUGCUGGGCUUUAGUUGUACCGUAAUGUCUCUACUAUAGAGCACUGGUACCACUUUCCUGUUCCUUCGCAUGGUAGUGGGCAACAAUGGGUUACAUCCCGGUCACAUGACCUAAAUUAGCAAGCAAUCAAUAAAUUAGGCUCCCCACCCCCAAGCAGGCCUCUGAGGGUCCAAGGAGGACCAGGGCCAUGUGGGCUUAUCACCACAGUCGUUCACAUAACCUUUGGGCGUGUGCAAUAAGUUGGUGUUUGUAUCCAAACAGAAAGUAUUGGGCUCUCCUCACUUUUCACUCUGCCGGAUAGCGUUCAGUGGAGAAUGAAGGUACAGAUAUGUGAAGGACACGAGUUAUCUGGCAGACGGGCCUUUUCCUAUGAUGCCCCAGAUUGCGUUUGUUCAUUUGUCUCCCCAGGAUCUAAAAUGGGAGAAAAUUGGGAAAUGGUUGGUAAAUUUCCACAUGAAACUCCGAUUUCACCAUGAAGCAUCUACAGUGUGUGAGAAGAUCAUGGAGCUGUUGGGGCAGAACGAGGUGGAUCACCGGCAGAGGAAAGUGGUCAUCCUGAGCCAGGAUCGGUUUUACAAGGUGCUCACCCCCGAGCAGAAAGCCAGAGCUCUGAAAGGCCAGUAUAACUUCGACCACCCUGAUGCCUUUGAUAAUGAGCUGAUGGACAGGACUCUGACUCAGAUCUUGGAUGGGCAGAUUGUGGCUGUGCCUAUGUACGACUUCAUCACUCAUUCGAGGCUUCCCGAGACCACGACCGUGUAUCCCGCCGACGUGGUGCUGUUUGAGGGGAUCCUGGCGUUUUAUAACCAGGAGAUCAGAGACAUGUUCCAGCUGAAGCUUUUUGUGGAUACAGACUCCGAUGUCAGGCUCUCUCGGAGAGUUCUGCGCGACAUGAAGCGCGGCCGAGACCUGGAGCAGAUCCUCACUCAAUACACCACCUUCGUCAAACCUGCAUUCGAGGAGUUCUCUCUGCCGACCAAGAAAUACGCCGACGUGAUUAUCCCCAGGGGGGUGGAUAAUAUGGUGGCCAUCAACCUGAUCGUGCAGCACAUCCAAGACAUCCUGAACGGCGACAUCUGUAAGUGGCAACGAGGGGUCCAGAAUGGCCGCAGUCAGAAGAGGACGUUGCCGGGGCAGGGAGAAUCCGGGGGGCUCCUCCUUCCAGGGAAACGCACCCACCUUGAGUCCAGCAGUCGGCCCCACUGAAGCAACGAGCUGAGACAAUCCCGGUAGUUCUUCCGUCCCUUGCAGGGUUUGGCUGAGACUCUGUCGCCCCCCUACCUGCACGUGCAGGAUAAGCCUCCAUUCCAUUUAUCAUAUUGGAACACCAAGCCUUGUGCAUUUUAUUAUCUCUCCUCUCUCUUGCAUCAGAGAGGCAACGGAGCCUUUCCUAGUUGUAUUGUUAAAGGGGGAAGUUCACCUUCACCCAUGAUUUAGAUUUUUUUUAUGCUGCUGUUUAUUUAAAAGUGAGGUGUUAAUGCUUGGAUACAUUUCCCAGCAGCCUCCGUGAAAUCCCUUGCUGCUGCCCACAAGCUUGGCUUCUCCAGACCAUGCCGGACGUUGAACUGCCCCUUUAAAUGUUCUAACCCACCAAACAAUGUAUGGAGGGAAACCAGCUGUAUAGCAACAGCACUGCAUUCAGAAAUAGUUGGACAUAGUCCUAUAAUAAAAGCACAUACUAUUGUAAAUAGCAGCAGCUACACGGCCGCUCCCUAACACUCACCUCCAAGCAUCGCUGCACUUUCUGCAUUCAGCCCGUGGGCAGAGUAUUGGGUUGGGGCUACAGAAGUGGCCCCCUGGGUAAAAUCGGGCCCUUUCCUAAAGCUCCGACCCCCAUCGCUGCCCACGGGGAAGACUUUAUCCUGCUGAGUAAAUAGUAAAUAUCGGCUUUUAACUGCUUCUUGCUGCACCUUAGCCAGAGAUGUUUGUAUAUAGAGAGCCCCGGGCUGCGUAUUUUAUAAAGUGGCUUAUUUUUA